UAGUAAUACCAAGAAAAUGAGGGAAACCCAAACCCCACUUCUAUUUUAUUAUUUCCUUAGCAAAUCCCAUUUAAGCCUGAAAAUACAUUUCCUUGUAAGUAAGGAAAAUCAUUGCUAUAAACUUCGGAUGGUAGACUUGUAAACCCAAUCUUUACUUAACACAUACCUACAUUUGAUCUUCUCUUCUUCUUCCUCUCUCUCUUUCUCUAUCUUUUUCGUGGUCUUUCUUUUUCUUUUAUCUCUUUUCGCAAUAGCUGUUGAUUGGACGCAGAAUCGGUCAAAUUUAGAGUGUUUAUAUUGUAGCAAUUUCGUUGAGUUUUCUUAUUGUUUAUAGAAGAAAAUAUAUAAUAUUUAUUGAGGUUAAGGGUAAGAGCCAUUGUGGGUUUGAGGUGGUUUCUGGGGUGCUUUUGCUAUUUCUGCCUAUGUGACAGGAAACAUAUAAAAGAAUAUUUAUAUGGUAAUCUUUAACUUAGAAUUAUUUGUUAUUGCUUAAUCCGUAAGUAGUUUUAUUUUUUUGGUUGAAGCAGUAUUAUUGGGUUGUGAUUGGCUAGUUGAAGUAUUCAUUAUGAUGUGUUCAAUCCAAAAUCAAACAGUUUUUAGAGAGAAAAGAAAUGGAGUUUUAUCAUUUAUUUGAUAGAGAAAGGAGAAUAAGAAGAAGGGAGAAAUAGUUUCAAAUGGGAAAUAAUUGUGUUGGAUCAAGGGGCUCGAAUGCAAUUUGGUGGCUGCAGCUACCAGCGGAUUGCCUGAUUACUCAUGCCAAGAAAGAAACCAUUAAAGGUGUUUCUGCGAAUAAAGAGCAACUAGAUUCUGCACAAGCUCAACACAAGCCCCCGGAACAAAUGAAGAUAACAAAGGAAGAGAUUAUAGAGAUUAAACAACCACCAUUGCCACCACAACCCAAGGAAGAGACUAAACAAGCACCAUUACCUCCAGAACCCAAAGAGGAGAUUAAACAAGCAUCAUUACCACCAAAGCCAGAGACACUUCCGUUGGAGGUCACGAAUAGCAGAGAAGAGAGUAGACCGGCACAGCCAAUAAUACACAAAGAUGAGAAAAAACCAGCAGUGCCCCCAAGACCAAAAAAGCCCCAUAAUGUUAAGAGAUUAUAUAGCGCAGGGCUUAGAGCAGAGUCGGUGUUGAGAACGAAAACAGGUCAUUUGAAGGAGUACUACAAAUUGGUAGGCAAGCUUGGACAUGGGCAAUUCGGUACAACUUUUCUUUGCGUGGAGAAAGGGACGGGGAAACAAUAUGCUUGCAAAUCCAUUGCAAAAAGUAAGUUAUCCACGCAAGAUGAUGAGGAAGAUGUGAGGAGAGAAAUUCAGAUAAUGCAUCACUUGUCAGGGCACCCUGAUGUUAUAUCAAUCAAAGGGGCUUAUGAAGAUGCAGUAGCAGUUCAUGUUGUGAUGGAAUUGUGUGCUGGAGGUGAGCUCUUUGACAGGAUUAUUAAGCGAGGACAUUAUACAGAAAAAAAGGCAGCUCAACUCACUAGGACUAUAGUUGGCGUUAUAGAAGCCUGCCAUUCUUUGGGGGUCAUGCAUAGGGAUCUCAAGCCUGAGAAUUUUCUCUUUGUCAAUGAGCAGGAGGACUCAUCUCUCAAGGCUAUAGAUUUUGGAUUAUCAGUGUUCUUCAAGCCCGGGGACAUAUUCACUGAUGUGGUUGGAAGCCCAUACUAUGUUGCCCCUGAAGUUCUGAGGAAGCGGUAUGGUCUAGAAGCAGAUGUUUGGAGUGCUGGAAUUAUGGUUUACAUUCUCUUAAGUGGGGUACCUCCAUUCUGGGCUGAAACUGAGCAGGGCAUAUUUGAAGAGAUUCUGCAUGGUGAAUUGGAUUUCACAUCAGUUCCAUGGCCUAAUAUCUCUGAAAGUGCAAAGGAUUUAGUAAGGAGAAUGCUUGUCAGGGACCCCAGAAAACGAAUUACAGCCCAUGAAGUUCUUUGUCACCCUUGGGUUCGGGAUGAUGGGGUGGCUCCAGAUAAGCCUCUAGGUUCUGCAGUUUUAAGUAGCUUGAAGCAGUUUUCUGCAAUGAACAAGCUUAAGAAAAUGGCUCUUAGGAUUAUUGCUGAGAACCUCUCCGAAGAAGAAAUUGCUGGGUUAACAGAAAUGUUUAAGACAAUAGACACAGAUGGUAGUGGUCAAAUUACUUUCGAAGAACUCAAAGUGGGACUCAGAACCUUUGGUGCUAAUCUCAAUGAGUCUGAAAUCUAUGAUCUAAUGCAGGCGGCUGAUAUUGAUAACAGUGGGACAAUAGAUUAUGGGGAGUUCAUAGCUGCCACAGUGCAUCUAAACAAAGUUGAAAGGGAAGAUCACCUAUUUGCAGCUUUCUCAUACUUUGACAGAGAUGGAAGUGGCUUUAUCACUCUAGAUGACCUGCAACAAGCUUGUUUUGAAUUCGGCAUGGACGACGUUCACUUGGAAGAAAUGAUGAGAGAAGUUGAUCAGGAUAAUGAUGGUCGGAUAGACUACAAUGAGUUUGUGGACAUGAUGCAAAAAGGGAAUACUGAAAUGAGUAAGAAUGAUAUUCAUCAGGGUAGAAGUUUUAGCUUUGGUUUUAGGGAGGCACUACAAGUUUGUUGAUUUAAGUAGUGAGUUUUUCUCUCUCUCUUUUUCCUUUUUUUUUUUUUUUCCUUUCUAGAUUUGCAUACAAUUCUUCGAGGAUAUUGGGGUACCAAGUAAAUUAGAUGUACAUAUAGCCGACCACAACUAAUUUGAGAUGAACUUAGUUCAUUAUGAACUAUAAAAAUAGAUAUCCGAUUUAUAUAUAAAUUUUACAAGCGUCUGUAACUGCAGUUUAUCAUGAAUGAAAUCCUUGUAAGAAUUUAUCA